AUGGAUAUUUUACAAUUUCCUAUUAACAUACUGAAUUAUUUCUACGAGAUAUCCGAUGUGGAAGUAGGUCAGCAUUUUUAUUGGCAAAUAGGGGGGUUUCAAGUUCAUGCACAGGUACUUAUAACUUCCUGGAUUGUAAUUGUUGUCUUAUUAGGUUCAGCUACUCUAGCUGUUCGAGACCCACAAAUCAUUCCGAACGGAGCACAAAAUUUUUUGGAAUAUGUUCUCGAAUUUGUUCGGGACUUGGCUAGAACUCAGAUUGGCGAAGAAGAAUAUGGUCCCUGGGUUCCUUUUAUAGGGACUAUGUUUCUAUUUAUCUUUGUUUCUAACUGGGCAGGUGCUCUUUUUCCUUGGGGAAUUAUUAAAUUACCUCAUGGGGAAUUAGCCGCACCUACAAAUGAUAUUAAUACCACAGUAGCUCUAGCUUUGCUCACAUCCGUAGCUUAUUUUUAUGCAGGUUUUACAAAGAGGGGUUUAGGCUAUUUUGGUAAAUAUAUUCAACCAACCCCAAUACUUUUACCAAUUAACAUAUUAGAAGAUUUUACAUAA